UGCAUUCGUCCGACAACACUGACGCAUGAUGGAGGCAAGAAGCUUGGAGAUUGUGGAGCGUGAUGAUGCAGGGAAUAUUAUGGCUUCGUAUAUCGAGUCCAUUGAGCAUGGGAAGGCGAGGGUUGAUGUUAUUUUUCCGAAAGGAAUGAAGAGCUUUGGACAACAGCUUCUGGAUGUCUUUCUUCCAGCUGGAUAUCCGCAAAGUGUGACGGAGGAUUAUAUUCAGUACCAGAUCUACGACUCCCUACAAGCCUUCUCGUCUUCAAUUGCCGGCCUGUUAUCCUCACGCGCAGUCCUCGAAGUUAAGUGUGACCUCUUUCAUGUGUUAAGUCAAAUGCACUUCUUCUUCUCCCUCCCUGUUUAUGGCAUGAUAUCUGAUAUGGAUUUCCAAUCUAUCUCCCCGAAUGAAGCCACAAAGAUCCUGCAGACAGAGGAAACAGGAGUCGGUGUUGGUGACGCUUCCGCCUCCCCCACGGCCGCACUUCUUCUCUCUGUGCUCCAAGAAUCCAUGGGGCGUAUCGCAACAAUCCUGUUCGCGCACAAACUCGGCACAUCGCUGGAGCCCGAGUGUAAAAUGUAUCGGUUAGCCGCCGACAUCUUCAACGACACGGCCAUGGUGCUUGAUUGUCUAUCUCCGGCAUUCCCGAAACCGGCAAGAGUCAUGGUGCUUGGAUUUUCGAGUGUGCUACGGAGUUUAUGUGGCGUAUGUGCCGGGAGCUCUAAGGCGAGUUUGAGCGCGCAUUUUGCGCGGAAGGGCAACCUCGGGGAAUUGAAUGCUAAAGACUCAAGCCAAGAGACUGUUAUAUCACUGCUUGGGAUGCUGGCAGGCAGCGUUGUAGUAUCCUGGGUGACCAGUCCAAUGGCAACAUGGACCACGCUUAUCGCCCUUCUAUCAGUCCACCUAGCAAUGAACUACGCUGCCGUCACGGCCGUCAGUAUGCGCUCACUGAACCGCCAGCGUGCCAACAUCGUGCUAAGCACGUUACUGCAAGACGGAAGAGUGCUCCAGCCAACAGAAGUGUCGAAAAGAGAACGCAUUUUCGAGCGUGACGGAGUUCUGCGCUGGGCAGCGGCAGCGGGGGGCCGUGACCAGAUUGUCGGACACUGCAGUAUUGGAGAGCGUUUGGAAACAAUUCUCGCGCGCUUGGGGCCAAGGCAUGGAUGUGAACGGACAGGAUCGCGAGUUCUGCAAGCCAUCAAAUUGUCCGAGUUGCUGCGUUUGUUUGAUGACCAGGCUUACAUACUCUGGUUCGAUCAAUCUGAAUCCGAAGCUCGGAUUGUUUUGAAGGAAGGCGCCACGCCGAUUGAUAAGCUCCAGGCGUGGAGCCAGGCGCUUUUGCUGGCGCGAAGAUCGAGAAUUAGGUCCAGAGCGACGGCAAAAACAGCACAGGGUCAGCCUGAUGAGAAUGACAGGUCUGUGUCAGAAGAAGGCCAACGACUGCUGGCUGAGCUCAGACUAACCAUGGAAGAGAUACGGAAAACUUUCGACGUGCACACGGAAAGCCUGAGGAAUGCAGGAUGGGAUCUGGAUCUCGGUGCUUUGGAGACACGACCAGGGACACUGGCAGUGAUUGCUCGCAAUAAAG